AUGUCGCGAGCUCCUCCCUUUCCUACUCGUCAAAACCGUUCUGCAUCUGUAUCCCGGACAAAUAUCACGUCUCCAACCGGCUCUAUAUCAACAAGGCCUUUGCAAAUAUCACGGCCUACAACACCCAACAAUAACUCGUACGCUUCGGAAUCCGCUCUCCCAACCAAUGGACCUUCUCGACCUCAAAGAUCAGAAUUAAGGUCUCGAAACUCCGAAACAGACAGAAACAGCAUAUCAAGUAAUUCAACGGCGUCCCGUACCGUACGGACUAGUCCUACUGGCCCGAGGCAGCCUCAGCGUCAGCGAACCGGCGAUAGUGAUAUUAAUGAUGACGCUACAUCCCCGACCUUAAACUCUGUGCUUUCAGCAUUCCAGUCGGCUGGCACCAGACGGCGCGCUAUGACUAAUGGAAGUGAUGAUUAUGAGUACCAACGAAUGCGGGAUGAGGAAAGGGCCGCAGAGAUGGUGAGGCAGCAGCAGUAUCAGAAGAGGAUGGCAGGUAAAAAAGGGCCAGUAAGGCCCCGACCAGGGGAUAUUGAUGCCGUUUUGAACCAAGUAAAAGAUGGUUGGGAGUUUGUCGUUGAUCCAGAAUUCAAUCCAGUAGAUCUUGCGGUUGACUUAUUAGAUCAGAGAUCCACCGGAAAGGAUAUGAAUUCUUUCCAAGAUACAAAGUACAAAUUGUUCAGUGCUUUGAAGGGCACAGUCGACAAGUAUUAUCAGGCAUUUGCCGCCUCUUUACCCCAUCACGCGUCUCUUCUAAAUCAUUUGUCGGACACUCAAAAUGAAAUAGAUGAAGCUCGGACGUCUCUCCAGGAAUCCAAAGAAGCCCUAGGAAGCAAGCGGGCAGAUUUGGUCCAAAUGUGGUCAAGGGGGCAGAUGUUAGAAGAGAUGAUGCACCUCUUGGACCAGAUUGAACAUCUGAAGACAGUACCAGACUUGCUAGAAACACUGAUGUCGGAGAAACGCUUGCUACAAGCUUCUGUUCUCCUCGUUCGGAAUUUAAAGAUCAUCAAUAAGCCCGAAAUGCAAGAAAUUGGCGCAGUCUCAGAUUUGAGAAGUUAUCUAUUGGGUCAAGAAACCGCUUUACGUGAAAUACUGGUGGACGAGCUUCAUGGUCAUCUAUUUCUCAAGUCAUUCUGGUGUGAUUCUCGAUGGGCUUCCUAUUCUCCAAAUCAGCGGACUUUCCCCAAGGUUGAAUUUGAAGAUGAGCCCCCUACAAUUUUGCCAGACCGGUCACCAUCUUCGCCCACCUUUCCAGCCACCCGUUUAGCGCGCUUCCUGCAGAAUCUCACUCUCAGACCUAAUGACGCCCCUAUGGAUGUAAACGAGUCCAAUGCUACCAUUCCAUCUGUCGCUUCACUUAACUACAGCGCCUCCUCUCGUCCUCAAGCCCUUCUCAACCCCGAAGCCGAUUCGUUCGCAUAUCUAGAAACUGUGCUGGAGUCUUUAGCCGUGCUGGGCCGAUUAGGAUCCACACUCGACAUCGUCGCUCAACGGCUCACAAGCGAGAUAUAUUCGCUUGUCGAGACGACGAUUGAUGAGGUCUCUGAAAGAGCGGAGUACGGGAGGCGUAACUCUAUGUUCGGACUUUCUACUCAUAAGUCCGAGGGAGUAUAUGUAUUUUCUUCUGACCCAUCACUCGUCGUUCAGCAUCAGGGUUAUUUCCCGGGCUCUUCCUUGAGACUUGCUGCGCUAGAAUCAUCAGCGCAGCAAGUUGACCAGGAAAUUCUGCGAGACUUUUUUUGGACAUUGUACUCCAAGGUUGAUGCUGUUUCUCAAGGCCUGAGGGUGAUAUAUGAAGUAGCAAAUAGAAUAGGCUCUCGAAGGGAGUUCAAGGACUCAACUGGCACUAAACCUGGAACACUUUUCCCUCUUGUUGAUAUUUGGAUAUCUAUCCAAGCCGAGAUGAAAACUUUGGUCUAUGAUUAUCUUACAAAUGAAGACGAAGGUGUUACGUCUGGGAGAAACCCAAUUUCAUCUAUAAACGAUACUCUUAGAGAAGGCCGAUUCUCCAGAGAUAGGACCAAAUCUUUCUUCCGCUUUGCUGAUACAGACCUUAAACUCACCAACAAAAUGUUGCGCACUCAUGAGGAUGAAUUGACACAAGUGCUCAAAGACACUAUGCCCGGUCUUGUGCAAGGUUCCACAGAAAACACCGUUCAGUCUGCGAUGUUGACAGAGGACAGAAUUCUAGGGGCAGGUCAACAUCAUCGGUUGUUGAUUAAACCCAAUGCCUUUCAUGUUAGUGUGCUAUUUGAACCGACUCUAGCAUUCCUCGACCGUGUACGCUCGGUGCUUCCUUCCGAUAUAGAAUCUGUGCGAGAGUCUGGAACUGUCCUGGAUGAAUUCGUUUUGAACAUUUACUUGCCUCAAUUGGAAGAUAAAGUAUCAUAUUUGUUCCAUCAAGCCAUUACAGGACCUGAAGCCUUUCAACCUGACCCUCUUUCCAAACGAAUAUCGCCCGAGCCUUUAAUCAAAGUCAGCACUCACCUGAUGGCAUUGAUCAACUCGUUAUGCGCGAUGCUUCAGAUAACCCCUUUCCACAGAGAGAGUUAUUCUCGUUUGAUCCUCGGCGUUGUCAUUCAGUUCUAUCAACGAUGUAGCGACAAAUUUCAGGAUCUUGUCUCAAGCUCCGCUUCCGGUGACUUGUUGCAACCUCAAGUCGCUUUAGCAGCGCAGUGGGCUCAGCGGACGGAACUGAUGCCUUGUUUGACUGAGUUGCAAAAUACUACCGAUAUAUCUCAACAACAACAACUCUGGCGGCAAGAAACGCACUUGGAGCAAGACUUUUUAGGUCAAAGACGUAUGGCUAGUACUGACCUAAUACCUUCUAUACGUAAUCUGGUCUCCCUUGCUGGCAUGUAUCGCAGUAUCAUUUGGUUUGCCCGGGAGCUUAGUGCUUUAAAAGCCCAUCCUGAAGAUGCGCCACUCUCGCCGCAAAAUUUGGAACCGCUUUCCGCCACCACGAUGCCUUAUACUCCUCUUGUGGCGUAUGUUCCAAUUGUGUCCCCGACAAAUCAGCUCAGCCUUACUCUUUCUAAGGAGAUGUCACUUCGGUUUCAGGCUCUUUUAAGAACAUACGAGCAGCUUUCCGAGUUGAUCUUACAUACCAUUCGAGUGGACAUAAGGUGUAGAACGGUGUAUUACCUUGAUCUUGCUAUGAGGGGCAACUACUCUCUUGAUGGAGAGGCUGGUGAACCUGAUCCACAUGUCAUUGACCUCAACAACAAUCUGAGCGAGUGCGACGACCACAUAUCCCCAAGUGUACCUCUGAAUGCACGGCGCUUCAUUUUCUCGGGGCUGGGCCAGCUGAUGGAACAUACUCUCAUCAACGGUGCACGUUUUUUACGCCGACCUAAUGUAUACGGUAUCAGGAAAAUUUUGCGCAAUAUUCUGGCGCUUCAGCAGAGUGUGAAGACAAUCACUGUCAACUCCAACGAAAAUUUCGAUCGUGCGAAGCGGUACUUUUCGUUAUUUUUCUUAUCACCUACGGAUAUGCUGAAUGGCAUUCAACAACACCAGGAGUUCAGUUUUGACGAUUAUCAAACGAUGCUCGCGCUUCAAUGCGGUGUCGAUCCCAAUCCUUCAGAUCCCAGACAAUCGUUAGCAUCUCAAGCCACGGAUCGUAACUAUAGCAUGUAUGUGAUAGAUUUGCACGGUUUAGAAAUUCAACAGAACUGA